CUGUGCAGGAGGGCGGUGGGAAGGUGUGAGCGGCCGGGGCGCGUUCAGCGACCCCUCCCCAGUGCAGACCCCGGUGAGGGGUGCUGAGGUAGAGGGCAGGACCGGGGGACGCAGCCCCGGUGGCCGGCGGAGGACGAGGAGGCUCCUGAGCGCUGGGAGAGGAAGGAUUUGACCAAGAGAGCACCGAGGAGAUGUCGGCUGUGAAGCCCGACAAGGGCGAAGGCGACGCCAGCAGCACAAGCAGUGCCGGCGGUGGGGAGGCCCAGGAGUCACAGCCAUCCCCGCUGGCUCUGCUGGCAGCCACCUGCAGCCGCAUCGAGUCUCCCAAUGAGAACUCCAACAGCUCCCAGGGCCAGCAGGGCGGGAGUGGUGAGCUGGACCUCAACGCGGCCGCCGCCCAGCUCACCCAGUCGGCCAACGGCUGGCAGAUCAUCUCGGCGGGCUCGAGCACCCCCACGGGCUCCAAGGAGCCGGGCAGCAAUGGCAGCAACGGCAGUGACGCCUCCAAGAGCCGCCCAGUCAGCACCGGGCCCUACGUGGUCACCUCGGCGUCCGGCCUGCAGAACCAGCAGGUGCUCACAGGCCUGCCGGGUGUCAUCCCCAACAUCCAGUACCAGGUGAUUCCCCAGUUCCAGACCAUUGACGGGCAGCAGCUGCAGUUUGCAACCACCCCAGCGCAGGUGAAUGUGCAGCAGGAUGCCUCGGGGCAGCUGCAGAUCAUCCCCGGCUCCAACCAGCAGAUCAUCACGAGCCGCGCGGGCGGCAGCAAUCUCAUUGCCAUGCCCAACCUGCUGCAGCAGGCCGUGCCCAUCCAGGGCGUGGGGCUGGCCAACAACAGCCUCUCUGGGCAGACCCAGUAUGUGGCCAACGUGCCCGUGGCCCUGAACGGCAACAUCACCCUGCUGCCGGUCAACAGCGUGGCUGCCAGCCUGGCCCCCACAUCCCAGACGGGCACCCUGAGCAGCUCGGGCUCGCCGGACAGCAGCUCCCAGCCAGCCACCUCGGGGGCUGCCAGCAGCUCGGGCAGCACGGCCACGUCCCAGGCCAGCUCAGGCGCCUUCUUCACCAAUGCCAACAGCUACUCCACCACCACCACCACCAGUAACGUGGGUGUCAUGAAUUUCUCCACCAGCGCCACGGUGGGCACCAACGUGCAGGCGCAGACCCCCCAGAGGGCCAGCAGCGUCCCCAGCUCGGACUCUCUGCAGACCCCGGUGUCCGGGGUGGCCCUGCAGCCAGGGCAGCAGAAGGAGGGGGAUCAGGGUCAGCAGUCGCAGCAGCAGCAGCAGCAGCAGCAACAGCAGCAGAUUCUGAUCCAGCCACAGCUGGUCCAGGGAGGGCAGACAAUCCAAGCCCUCCAGACCACCCCUCUGUCUGGCCAGACCUUUGCCACUCAAGCCAUCUCCCAAGACACCUUGCAGAACCUGCAGCUCCAGGCCGUGCCCAACUCUGGCCCCAUCAUCAUCCGCACGCCCACGGUGGGUCCCAACGGGCAGGUGAGCUGGCAGACCAUCCAGCUGCAGAACCUGCAGGUGCAGAACCCCCAGGCGCAGACAAUCACGCUGGCCCCCAUGCAGGGAGUGUCACUGGGCCAGACGGGCAGCACCAGCACCACGCUGACCCCCAUCGCCUCCCUGCCCAGCGGCACCGUCACCGUCAACGCCGCCCAGCUCUCCUCCGUGCCGGGCCUCCAGACUAUUAACCUCAGUGCCUUGGGAGCGUCCGGGAUCCAGGUGCACCAGCUGCAGGGGCUGCCCCUGGCCAUCGCCAACGCCCCCGGUGAGCACGGGGCCCAGCUGGGGCUGCACAGCGGCAGCGGGGACGGGCUGGGGGACGAGAGCGCGACCGUGGAGGAGGGGGAGACCAGCCCCGACCCCCAGCCCCAGCAGGGCCGGAAAACACGGAGGGAAGCCUGCACCUGUCCCUACUGCAAGGAAGGAGAGGGCAGGAGCUCUGGGGAUCCAGGGAAAAAAAAGCAGCACAUCUGCCACGUGCCAGGCUGCGGGAAGGUGUACGGGAAGACCUCGCACCUGCGGGCGCACCUGCGGUGGCACACGGGGGAGAGGCCCUUCAUCUGCACCUGGGUGCUGUGCGGGAAGCGCUUCACCCGCUCCGACGAGCUGCAGCGGCACAAGCGCACGCACACAGGAGAGAAGAAAUUCGCCUGCCCGGAGUGCCCCAAACGCUUCAUGCGCAGCGACCACCUCUCCAAGCACAUCAAGACCCACCAGAACAAGAAGGGAGGCGCCACCAACGUGGCCAUGAACGUCUCGGCUGUCCCCAUGGACACGGCGGCCUCGGGCGAGGGCAACGGCGGCGCCACGCCCUCGGCGCUCAUCGCCACCAACAUGGUGGCCAUGGAGGCCAUCUGCCCCGAGGGCAUCGCCCGCCUGGCCAGCAGCGGCAUCAACGUCAUGCAGGUGGCCGACCUGCAGUCCAUCAACAUCAGCGGCAACGGCUUCUGAGCCCGCGGCCAGCGCCGGGAGGCGACGGAGCCGCCGGCCUCGGCACCUCCAGCACUAACCCAGCCCGGCACCGCCGCCACCUCCGCUCGAAGGCCAGAGCUAUAUAUAUAUAUUUUUUAAUUUUGGCUUGAUUUUUUUUUUCUUUUUUUUUUUUCUUUUUUUUUGUUUUUGUCCCUUUUUUUGUCCUGUUUUCCUCCCCGCCCCUCCCGCCCGCCUCCCUGCCCGAGGUCCCUCGGCGUCAUCACGCCUUGGUCCUUUUAGCAAAAAAAAAAAAAAAAAAGAAAAAGACAACAACAACAACAAAAAAGAAACCCAAUGACAGAAAUACCAACAAAAAACACAAAAAAAAAACCAACCCAAAAAAACAAAAAAGAAAAAAAAAACAAAAAAAAAGAAGAGAAAAGAUUCUAUAUUAUUAUUAUAUAUAUAAAAAUAUAAAAUGUGUUCGUUUGAGAGAGGAGAGAUGUUGCUGCGACCAUGGCGUGGUCCCUCUGAUGCCUUAUCCUGGAGCAGGUCGGCCCCUCUGGGGCACGUCAGACGAUGCCCGAGCUCUCCUCCCCGUCCCGGAUCUCAUUUUCCAUCAGAAUCCCUAAACUCCCCCUCCCCGGGCUGUCGGACGCUUUGCUUUGAGGUGACUCUGUAAUUCCUUUGGCAUUCUCGGGGAGUGAUCCCGCUGGAUUUUUCACCCUUGGACUCCCACUGCCCUCCCCUGCCUUGGCAGGUGUUUUUUUAAUUUUUUUUCUUGGAUCUUGGUUUUUUUCCAGCCGUUUUUUUGGUGAGGUUCCCUGUCCCGUGGGAGUGGAGUUGCUCCAUGGGAAGGUCGUGGACAGAGGGGCUGGGACACAGCCCUGGGGGGAAAAAUUGGAGCCUCCUCAGGGGGGAAAAGUUGGUGUUUUCUUUUUAUUACAGCCAGCGUUGGAAUUAAUAAUAAUAGUAAUAAUCGGGGAAAAAGGAGAAUCCGCGGAGCUCAGCCGGUCUGGAGCAAGGGGGAAGCACCACAGGGACACGAGAGACGCUCGGGGGUUUUCUUGUGGCAUUGCUGGAGGUGGCUCCUGAAAAAAAAAAUAGGGACAGCUUGGGAAAAAAAAGCCCAGAAAGGGUUUUCCAGGAUCCUGCUCUUCCUCCCGUGGGAGGGCUCGGUCCUUUCCGUUCUUCCUCCCACACCCUCCUCUUCCUGCCCCGGGCGCAUCCCGGCUGCCCUGCACGGCUUCCAUCCCAAAACGCGGCUGUGGGGUGCGGGGUGUGGAUCCCCCAAAAAGGGGAAACCUGGGAUUGUUCCCAAGCUUUGGGGUGAGCCCAGCUGGGUGUGAGCGGGUGGGGGCCUGGGAAUGCCCCCGGGGCCGGGAGCUGCCCAAGAACUCCCCUGCUCCGCUUGUGGGGUCAGGGCUGGGCCCCCGGGAUCGCCGCUGAUCCACCGAUCCCACCUGCCCAGGAAAAUCGGGCGUUUUCCCUGUCCCACUCCACCAGCCAGUGCUUCCCACUCCGGGUGUCCCCCCACCCUUUUCCUGCUCCCCCUUUUCCCGGGAGAAGCUCCAGCAGAGCCAAGACCAUGGGGCAGGCGCUGGCGAGGUGCCGGGAUCCCUCGGGAAGCCUCUGGAUAGGACCUGACCCAGCUGCCCCAUCUCCAGCCCUGAGCUUUUCCACGCUCGGGAGCUCCGGGAGCCAGUGGGAGGCGGGAAUCUUGUUUUGAUUUGGGAUUUUUGGUAAAAAAAAAAAUACAAAGAAAAAGGAAAGGCAGCAGAAGCUCCCCGGGGAGGGGGCGCAGGGCCCGGCCCCCCAGCCCCCCGGCUCUCUCUCUCAAUAUCUAUUUUUGCAUUUGUAUAUUUUUAUAUAGGAAACUUUAAGCAUUUGUAUUUUAAUAACCCUGUGAAGCACUAUGAGCUCCCCCCACCCCCAAUCCCCCCAGCCCAAAACCCACAAACGACUGGGACAAAAAACAGGAGGGUUCUGUAUUUAAUGGUCAAUUUGAUGAUUCUGCCCCCACCCCAAACCCCCCCCAAGCGAAACUCCGUCCCCAGCGGGGAUCAAGUGCCAAACCCGGUCCCGGGUCGGGUGUUGGGAUGUCCCCGUGUCCCUCCCCACGGACUGGCCCCCGAGGAGCUUGGCUUUCCUAUGGAAAUGCAGCCGGGAGCGGGGGGCAGCCAGGGACCCCCAGGGGGGCUUUUCCCCGAGCCUGGGCUGCUCCCCUGCGGCUUUUGGGGGGAUCAGAGCAUGUAGGGGGGAAUCAGAGCAUUAUCUGAGGGGGAAAUCAGCAUUUUGGGGGGUUCACACCACCAGCGCUGCUCUCAGUGCCGGAUCCCACACCCCCAUUUUGGCUCUGUUGGCACCGGGGUCCCCGCCCUGCUCCCGGCGCUCCCCACCCGCCCCAAACCCCCCCAGCAGCCCCCAGAUCCCCCCCAGCCAUUCCCGGGACACAGAACACAAACGUGCCUUGACAAGGGGGUGACGGGCUGGGGAUGAGCCCCCCCUGCUCCCCUCCCACCCCCCACACCCCGCAGAGAGUUUGGGGGGGCUCUGGGGGCUGUCCCCGAGGCUGCCCCCAUCUCCCAGCUUUAAUCCACUGUCACCCCUUCAUUCCGGGGGGGCUGGGGCCGGUUCUCUAUGCAGCGGGGGGUCCUGGGGGGUCCAGCCCCCCAAACUGGCAAUAAUUCUCUCCCUGUUUGAUCUCGUCCCAUCUCUGUUCUGUUUUAAUUUGGGAAAGGGGAGGGAAGGGGGGGGUUGGUUUUUACAAAUCCGGUGGCUGAUGUCAUAAACCUCCCUCCCCAAAGGCGAUUUUUUGGCGGGGGGAGGUGGUGGAUGACUUCUUUUUUGGGGUCCCAAAGUGCUAUUUUUUUGUACAAAAAGACUUAGAUGAAACUGUUAGUUUUGGGGGGCUCCUUUGUAAAUGGGGAACGACGAGUUUUUGUAAUAAACACAAGUCGCUGG